UUCCCUCCAUAGUAAUUAAUAUCAUCUUUGCUAUUCAGGUCUCUUCCGUGUAUGCACCACAUCCCAAUGUCCCACUUUCAUAUUCCUAUAAUUUAAAAAAAAAUCUACCCAUACUAAGUGGUUGCCAACUUGUGUACACACUUCGUAGAACUCUCGACGAUCAACUAUAAAUACGAGCUCUUCCUGUUUUUCAUUCCUCGCAAUUGCCAAUAAACUUUCCCAUUAAGAAUAUACAUCUAGCUUCAAGCUCCCUUUUCCUCUAGCAUAUACCUAUAUAUACCCAUGGCUUUCUCUAAGCUUCUAGUUGUUUCCCUUCUUCUUCUUGCUUCACUUCUCCUUCUUCAUUUCGUUGAUGCUGAUCAACCGGCAUACGCACCAACACAGGGUACUGUUCUUCCGCAGAUAGAUUGCAAUGGAGCAUGUGCUGCGAGGUGCCGUUUAUCAUCUCGUCCAAACUUAUGCCAAAGAGCAUGUGGGAGUUGUUGUAGAAGAUGCAAUUGCGUACCACCAGGCACUGCUGGAAACGAAGAUGUGUGUCCCUGUUAUGCGAACUUGACUACCCAUGGUGGUCAACACAAGUGCCCUUAGAUUUGUGCAUGACAUUAUAUUAUAUUAUAUUAUAUUAUAUUAUAUUAAUACCGUUGGUUAAUUCGCAGUCGAAUAAAAUGUUAGUCAAUGUGUUCUGACGAAUAACGUCAUAAAAAAUAAAGCCCGUUUUGAAUCCAAGUUGAAUCGUUGAAUAU